AUGAAUGGACGAGCACCCGCAGCCAUCAUAACAGACCAAGACAGGGCAAUGAAAAUUGCGAUUCAAAUUGUAUUCCCAAAUGCAAGACAUAGAUAUUGUCUCUGGCAUAUAAUGCGGAAACUGCCUGAGAAAUUGGGAUCCCACUCGGUAUAUAACGCAGGGUUGAAGACUGCAAUUCAGAGUGCAGUCUAUGAUACACAAAAUUUUGAACAAUUUGAGGAGAAGUGGGGGCAGUUAAUUCAUAAGUAUGACUUUAUUGAUAAUGCAUGGUUGCAGGGGUUGUACACCGAGAGGUCAUUUUGGGUACCAGUUUACUUGAAAGGUGUAUUCUGGGCUGGUAUGAGCACUACCCAACGGUCUGAAAGCAUGAACGCCUUCUUUGAUGGAUAUGUGCAUUCCGGUACGACAUUGAAAGAAUUUGUCGAUCAAUUUGACAAUGCUUUGAAGAAGAAGGUGGAGGCGGAGACGACAGCUGAUUUCCAGUCGUGGUGCAUUUCCACCUUCGAUGUUUUCGAAGAAAUCUCUACACCUGAUGGACAGUCCAAAAUUGUGAAGUACAUAGUUUACUUUAAUGAAGACGAAUGCGAAGUUAAAUGCAUGUGUGCCUUGUUUGAGAUGAGGGGAAUUCUCUGUAGGCAUGCAUUGAAAGUCUGUCAAAUGAAGUACAUUCAUGUGCUGCCAGAUAAAUAUGUGUUGGAUAGAUGGAGGAAAGACUUAAAGAGAAGAUUCACACUUGUUAAGAGUAGCUAUGAUGAUUUACGGGUCAAUGCAGAUGCACGACGGUAUGAGCUUGUCGUUAAAAGAUGUCUAAGAUUUGCGACGCGUGUAUCUCGAAAUGAUGAGCAUGUGAAUGCAUUCUUUCAUAUGUUGGAUGAGUUUGAGCAUAAGUAUAUAGGAUUAGAGCCUGAAUCCGGUUCAACAAAGUUAAAAGAGAAUGUGGUCGCCAAUAAAGAUAAGAAAAUAUUAAGCCUGAACGUUGUUCGGAGGAAAGGGAGACCGCCAACGAGAAGAAAGGUCCCGAUGGUCGAGAAGGCUACAAGGAAGAGAAAGAAGACACAGGUAUUACAUUUUGCAUCGAAUCUAUUUGACGACGAUUCAUAUAAUGUUGACCUCCCGGUGUCAGAAGUUGGUGCUACUGUUGACGAGGUUGUUAUCCAAACCCAGUGUAGUACUCUAACACAAGUAAGGCCUCUGGCCAAUGAUGAGGUGUGA